AGAGAAGUAUUUCUAGAUCAUGUUUGCCCUUCUUCCCCAGCAGCAGCAGAAACCUCUGAGCCUGGGUCACUAAUCAAGAGGCAUGGCUUUCCUUCCCAGUCUGUCCAUGGAAACCUGGACUUUACUAGUGGUUUGUGGCACUCUGCUGAUAUUAUAUGGAAUACGGCCAUACAGCUUUUUUAAGAAGCUGGGCAUUCCCGGGCCAAGGCCUCUUCCAUUCAUUGGGACAUUUCUUGAAUAUCGCAAUGGAUUGUUGCAGUUUGACCAGAAAUGUUUUAAGAAAUAUGGCAAAAUGUGGGGGUUUUAUGAUGGCAGACUACCUAUCUUGGCCACUCUGGAUCCAGCUUUCAUCAAAAUAGUUCUAGUGAAAGAGUUUUACACACUCUUUACUAACCGUCGGAAUUUUGGUUUAAAUGGAAGUUUAGAGUCUGCCAUCACCAUUGUUAAAGGAGAGAGAUGGAAGUGGAUCCGGACUGUUAUCUCCCCAACAUUCACCAGUGGGAAACUCAAGGAGAUGUUUCCCAUUAUCAAACACCAUGGAGAUGUUGUUGUGCAAAAUAUUGAGAAGAGAGUGGCCAAAGAUGAAUCUCUGAAUAUGAAGGAUAUCUUUGGGGCCUACAGCUUGGAUACCAUCACCAGCACUUUUUUUGGCCUGGACAUCGACUCCAUUAACAAGCCAAAUGACCCCUUCCUCGUGCGCAUCAAGGAGCUGCUCUCUUUCAGCUUUUUAAAUCCUCUGCUUAUCUUAAUAUUGGUGUUUCCUUCUCUUGUACCCAUAUUGGAAAAAAUGAAUGUGAAUCUUUUUUCUAAAGAAAUUACGAACUUUCUUGUGAAUGCAAUGCGACAUAUCAUGGCAGACCGGCAAAAGAACAACAAAAGGGAGCGAAUGGAUUUCCUGCAAUUAAUGAUUGAUUCCCAGGCCACAAAUGACCCUGGAUCUAAGGAGAAGAAUAACUCUCCAAAGGCUUUGACUGAAGUGGAGAUUGUGGCUCAGGCAGUUACUUUUCUUUUUGCUGGCUAUGAAACUACAAGCUCAACCCUCACCUUCAUUUCUUAUAACUUGGCCACCCAUCCUGAAAUCCAGAAGAAACUCCAUGAGGAGAUAGACAGUUAUCUACCCAACAAGGCAGCCCCCACUUAUGAUACCAUCUUCCAGAUGGAGUAUCUGGACAUGGUGGUGAAUGAGACACUCAGGCUCUACCCACAGGGGGGACGCAUAGAGAGAAUCUGUGAGAAAACUGCUGAGAUCAAUGGGAUAAUCAUUCCCAAGGGGACAGUGGUGAUGAUCCCUGUCUAUGUUCUGCAUCAUGACCCAGAGUACUGGCCAGAACCUGAAGAGUUCCGUCCUGAAAGGUUUGAUCGAGAAGAAAGAAAAUCCAUCGACCCAUAUGUAUUCCUUCCCUUUGGAGCUGGUCCUCGGAACUGCAUUGGAAUGAGGUUUGCAAUGCUGACCAUGAAGACUGCCCUGGUCAUGGUCUUACAGAAUUUUACCUUGGAGCCCUGCAAAGAGACCCCGAUUCCCUUGGAGUUAGACACAAGGGGUUUUAUGAAGCCCAAAAAGCCAAUCAUUCUGAAGCUUGUGCCUAGAACAAGAUUUGAUGCUGAGGAAAAGAAACCAAGAAAUUGACGGCAUAAAAAGAAGACUCUUCACUCUACCUCACCCUCUCAUCACUCCCCCAACCCCUUUCAAAAAUUAAAAAGAAAAAGAAUAAGGAUUGGAAAUUUCUAUGAAAAUGCAUAUGAAAUAUAUUCUAUUUGAGAAGCCA